AUGAAUCUAUUAGCCUCAUUAAAGACGAACAUCGGCUGGCCUGCCGUUAUUGGAGUCGCGGUUGCUUAUUAUGGAACGCUAGUCUUCUACCGUUUAUUCCUUCACCCUUUAUCUCGUUUUCCUGGUCCCAAACUAGCGGCUAUCUCACGCUGGUAUGAAGCAUACUACGAUGUCGUACUUGGUGGUCAGUAUACUGUCAAGAUCGCUGAAUUACACAAGAAAUAUGGUAGUCCCCAUGAACUACAUGUCAUUGAUCCACCGUUUUUUGAAAAACUUUAUCGCUCAGAUGGACGCUGGGAUAAGUAUUCAUGGACAUACGAUGCCUUUGGGGCUAAAAUGUCAACCAUCUUCGGUUCAGAUCAUUACGCUCAUAAGGCCCGCCGCCGUGCCCUUGCCCCUUUUUUCUCGAAAGCGAAUAUUAUUGCGCGACAAGAUUUGCUUCAGAAAAAUAUUAAGAAGCUUUCCCAACGAAUUACAUCAUUCGAAGGAACCACUUUCAAUCUAGGAGCUGCCAUUAGUGCUUUUGCACGAGACAAUGCCAAUGAACUAAUUGUCGGUAAAGAUUACAAUGAGCUUAGCCUGGAAGAUUUUGGACUUGGAUUGUCACUUGCAUCGCAAGGUGCCGGUGUUUUUUGGCACACUCGAGAUACAUUGGCUGCUGCUAUAUCUCCCUCCCCUGAUGAUAAAAUCAAAAGCACUUUGAUAUAUUCAAUUGCUCAUUCUGAUCUUCCGCCCGCUGAAAAAACGUUCGAUCGAAUCUUCGAGGAAGUAGCUACUGUUACCGGUGCAGGGUUUGAAACAAUUUCGAACACUCUGCGGCUUAUUCUCUACCACGUUUAUAGCAGCAAUGAAAUUCUACAAAGGCUCAGAGAAGAAAUCAAUGCAGCCUCGACUACAGUCACAGCGCCUCUUACGUUAAAAGAAUUAGAACAGCUUCCCUACCUCACUGCUGUUUUAAUGGAAGGCUUGCGUCUAAGCCCUGGAGUUGGAUCCAGAGCGGCGCGUAUUACGGAUCAAGACCUCUUUUAUGAACACUGGCGUAUACCCGCCGGAACCCCUGUUGGAAUGGCAACAAUACUAAUGCACACUGACGAAAAUUUGUACCCUGAUCCCAUGUGCUUCAAUCCCGAUAGGUGGAUAGAUAAUACGGCAAAACGAUCCACUACGACAUUUGCUCCUUUUUCUCGGGGAACCAGAAUAUGUCUUGGCAUGCACCUUGCAUGGGCGGAGAUGUACUUACUCCUCGCUUCUUUGGUUCAAGGAUUUGAUUUCAAGAUCAAGGAUGCCACGGCCAGUGAUUUUGCAUUUGAAAAGGACAAUUUUGGUAUUGGCACCAAGGCUGCAUGUAAUCUCAUAGCCUAUGUUAUGAUUCACGAGGCCUGA